AUGGAGUCAGACCGACAGCCGCUGGUGCAACACCAAGAAGAUUACAACGACCACUUCCCCAAUCCGUACGGCAACCCUUAUGAUCAAGCACCACACAAUACUACCCCGAACGGUCCCCCAUUCGCAGACAAGAGCACGCCUGUGCUAUACCCCCCACAACCUUACGCCCAGCCGUACUAUCCCCUCCAGGAUCCUGUUCUCAACGGACAAGCGCCUUUCGCGGGUGAGCGUUUUCGACCGAAGAAUGGAGUGCGCGAUCCGUUCUUUCUGGUGCUGUUCCUUGUACAGCUGGCGGGUCUUGUUGGCAUAUCCGCCUAUUCCGUGUACUCCUGGUUCCACGCGGGUGGCCCGAAGUUCGACGAAGAUUCGAAUGAGGUGACAGAGGACAUCGGUGCUAUCGCUUCGAAUCCCAUUCUCAUCGCCAUCAUCGUUGGUGGAGGGCUAUUGAUCUCGACGCUCUACUUCUUGCUCCUCCGGCUGUUCACCACGUUCAUGAUGCAUGUGUCACUAAUCUUCACCGUUAUCCUCAAUGCGGCGAUAUGCGGAUACUAUGCCUACCGGAAGCUCUGGGUCGCUUGCGCAAUCUUUGGCGUCGUCGCGCUCUUCUCUCUGUUGGGCUACUUCGGCGUGCGCAAACGGAUACCUUUGGCGUCCUUACUCCUGAAGACUGUCAUGGACAUUACUACGGAGCACUUGGCAGUCUACGUCGUGGCUCUGGUGUCUCUCGUGAUACAGGCAGCCCUGGCUGUCUGGGUCGUCUUUGCCUGCAUAGCCUCGUUGGAGGUCUGGACUGGCUGCUCGAGCAACAGUGCAACAAACACUCAGUGCAAUACGGCCCUGGGCUGGGGCUUCGUGAUCUACAUGGGUAUAACGUACAUCUAUACGUCCAUCACCAUAGGGAAUAUCGUAUCUGCGACGCUCGCAGGAGGCCCUUUCGGCUGCUGGUACUACAUUGGCUCCAAAAACUCGCCCCAGAUGCCGUCUUGGCCAACCGCGUCGGCAUUCGGCAGAGCGACCACUUCCUCCCUGGGCUCUAUCGCCUUCGGCUCGCUUAUCGUCACCGUUCUCGAGAUCAUCAGAGGUCUGCUAGACUUCGCGCGCCAAGAUUCAGAUGGUGUACUCUCGUUCCUCGCCUGCUGCGCCGAGUGCUUCGUGGCCUGUAUCGAGGAUAUCGUCGAGUCAUUUAACCGCUAUGCCUACAUCGAGAUAGCAUUGUACGGCAAGUCCUACGUCAAGGCCGCCAAGGAUACCUGGCGUUUGAUCAAGGAUAGAGGCGUUGACGCUAUCAUCAACGACUCCAUCGUCAGCAAUGUUCUGGCCUGGGGUGCUCUUUGCAAUGGUCUUCUCCUUAUGCUGGCUGCGUUUCUCUGGGUGCACUUCAAGGAACACGAGUCUUUCCAAGACAACGGAGGGGAGCUCAUCGCUGCCAUGGUCUUCGCCUUUGUCGUAGGUGUGCAACUUGAGCAAACACUCGCCUCCGUAUUUGAAUCCGGCGUCUCCACCAUCUUCGUUGGUCUCGCAGAGGACCCAGGCGUGCUCGCCAUCCGAUCACCCCAACUCUUCGGUCUCAUCGCAGAUCGCUACCCUCAGGUUGUAGAAGGAGUACCUGGAGGGGUGAGGGUCUAG